AGGAGGAGGAACGGGCUCGGACAUGGCGAGAAAGAGUACUGACCCGCCUGAGAGUUAUCGGUGAUCUUUGCAACCCGUGAGGCCUUAACAUUUUUAUUUUUUCUUUUCUCUUUCGACAUAUAUGUGUGUUUAUAUGUAUGUGUGUGUGUAUAUACUGUCAUCUAUACAUGCAUAUAUAUGUAACAAGAAAAUCCCUUGAUUUACCAAGCCAAAAGGGAAAAAAAACAUUAUAGUCGUUAAUGGACUGAAUGAACAACACGUAUAGAUGUAUAGCCAAAGAGGUAUAUGCCAUGAACCCGGAGAUUACAAUGGACAGCAUUGGGAAUUUGCAUGGUGGAUUAAGCCAUGAGCAAUCCACGGGCGAUCUAAUGGACAGCCAGCAGCGGCAGGCAGUUUCAGCGGCCCAUCGGGAACUGACGACCAGAUCUGCAAUGGUAUCCAGCAUGGCUUCCAUCCUGGACGGGACUGGGGACUACCGGCCGGAGCUCUCUAUCCCGCUGCACCCGGCAAUGAGCAUGUCGUGCGAGUCUCCGCCUGGCAUGGGGAUGAGCAGCACCUAUACGACACUCACACCACUCCAGCCCCUGCCUCCCAUAUCCACCGUCUCGGAUAAGUUCCACCACCCGCACCAUCAUCACCACCACCACCACCAUCACCACCACCAGCGACUCGCGGGCAACGUGAGCGGGAGCUUCACCCUGAUGCGGGACGAGAGGGGGUUGCCGGCUGCCAUGAACAAUCUCUACAGCCCGUACCACAAGGACAUGCCCGGGAUGCCUCAGAACCUCUCUCCUCUGUCCAGCAACCCCCUUGGCAACGGUCUGGCUUCCAUCCACAACAGCCACCAGGGCAUCCAGGGCUACGGGUCCAACGGCCACGACAAGAUGCUCAGCCCGAACUUCGAAGCCCACCCGGCCAUGCUGGGCAGAGGUGAGCAGCAUCUGUCUCGGGGUCUUGGCGCUCCGUCGGCGGGAAUGAUGCCGCAUUUGAACGGCAUGCAUCACCAUCACCACCACGGCCACUCAAGUCACCACCAGUCCCACGGGCCCGUGCUGGCUUCCAGCCGCGAUCGGCCUCCGUCCUCCUCCGGCUCGCAGACCACCAGUUCGGGGCAGCUGGAAGAAAUUAACACCAAAGAAGUAGCACAAAGGAUCACGGCGGAACUCAAACGCUACAGCAUACCGCAGGCAAUCUUCGCUCAGAGGGUGCUGUGCCGUUCGCAGGGAACCCUCUCUGACCUUUUAAGAAACCCCAAGCCUUGGAGUAAACUUAAAUCGGGACGGGAGACCUUCAGGCGGAUGUGGAAAUGGCUGCAGGAGCCCGAGUUCCAGAGAAUGUCAGCCUUAAGGCUCGCAGCAUGCAAACGCAAAGAACAAGAACAGAACAAAGAGAAGAGCAAUACACCAAAGAAGCCACGGCUAGUUUUCACUGACCUCCAGCGCCGAACUCUUUUCGCCAUUUUCAAAGAAAAUAAGCGCCCUUCCAAGGAGAUGCAGAUCACAAUCUCUCAGCAGCUCGGUCUGGAGUUAAGCACCGUCAGUAAUUUCUUUAUGAACGCCCGGAGGCGAAGCCUGGACAAAUGGCAGGACGAAGCCAUGUCGAGCCCAGGCGCUUCCUCGUCCACCUCAAGCACUUGUACCAAAGCAUGAUCGAGGACAGUGCACCUGAACUGGGCACAACUCAACACCUUUCCCUUUUUGUUUUUUUUGAAGAGGCUGUUCAGUGGUGAGUGCAUAAGCACAAUUUUCAUUAACACACCUUUUUUUUUAAAGAAAAGGGUCGGCACAUAUUUUAAUGCAUAUGGCAUUUAGGAAUAUUCCCAAAUCUACUUGAGCGCCUGCUAUAAACUGACAUCGAGCCCAGGGGUCAGUUCAGCAAAUUCCCGGAUGUAAUCAGGCAGGGCAUAAAUGUGUUAUGUUGCCAAGCAAUAACCUGUCUACUGCCCUGCUUAAAGGUUAAGGGGAAAUUUUGAAAGGGUAAAUAUUAAAUUUAUUUGUAAAUUGGUUCAGUUGUCAGUUGGUGGUCAGGCCGAUUUUAUAUGCAGAAAAACGUGCACAAAUACCGAAAGCAAGUGACGCCCAUUUUGAAUGUUUUUAUUUUCUUUUAAACAGUAGAAUUAUUGGAGAACAUUCGUACAAUCACGCUACCUCAUCACUAAUCGGACCGUUUAAUGAUGGACUGUCUGUGAUGAAUAUGCAAGCACAAACUAUAAACAUCUUCCCGGACAUUUUUCAGGCCUACUUUCACGCUACAGUUUGAUUUUCCCCCUUUUGAAUGAUGCCAUAUCCACUCCCUGUGUAGAACUGAUAACGCCGAGGAUGCGAGCACAGUGUUGAAGUGAAUUCCUUUCGGUUAUUCCCGUUUCCCUUCAGUUUACUCUCGGGAAAUGACAAGGACAGAAUUAGGCCCAUCGAGCCUGUUCCGCCAUUCCUUCAUCGCCGAUUUACUUCCACUCCGAACCCCAUUCUCCCCGUAACCUUUGACGCCCUAACUAAUUAAGAAGCUAUCAACCUCCGCUGUAAAUAUGACUUGGUCUCCACAGUCGUCCGUGGCAAUGAAUUCCCCCCCCCCCCCCGACACACACACCCUUUGGCUAAAUAAAUUCCUCCUCAUCUCUGUUCUAAAGGGACGUCCUUGCAUUCUGAAGCUGUGCCCUCUGGUCCUAGACUUUCCCAAUGCCAGGACCAUUGAAUCCUACAGCAGCUGUUAGCUGCCGGAAGGGUAAUUUUUUUUUCCGUUCUAUGCAUGAGUAAGGUUAGGUUUGUACUGCGAACGCACUGAGUAGCCCAUGGAAAGGGGGCUUCCCGUGAUGAAUGCAGAAGCACAAAGAACAGCGUUAUUUCUUUUUCCCUGAAACGAGGCAUAAAAUCUGUCUCCCACGUGUGCACAUUCACCACUGAACUGGCCCUUUCAGAACACCGUUGACGUGUUCAAUGACAAGCCAAAGGCUUUAAAGACUCUCGUGAAGACACUUGAUACAUUUUUUCUAUUUAUUAUUAAAUCGAAACCAAAGAAACUUUUUUGUGCACCUAAUCGUUCUGCAACAAACUUGUAAAAAAAAAAGCACGUCAGGAAACAACGUAGGCACUGUGUUUCAAUGGAUGUCUUAGUCGUUGAGGGGAAGCAGAGUUUUGAAAGGGUUAAAAAAAAGCAAAGCAGCCGCAGGAAGGAUGUAUCGCUGCUUCAUUUGACGACACUCUCCGCUUCUUAAAGUUGAAUUUUGUCUUAACGUGUGCCUAUGCAGACAUUGUACAGAACAUCAGAAAACCUCUUCCGCUUCGACCAAAGUCAGCUUCACAGAGACGUGGAUCUGUUUGUAUUUUUAAUACGACGCAGUUGAGCACUGUGUGUGUGUUACUGGCCUGUCCUUCAAUGCCCGUCUUAGGGAAGUGUCCACUUUCCUCUUAAUUAGCAAUUCUAGUGGAACGGGAGUACCGACAAAAUGGAUCCGAAUGGCUCCAAGCACAAGAUGUUAAGGUGCAGAUUAAACACCUCUACCAAAGAUAGCAACCUAUUCCUAUAUCCCGGUAAAGGUAACUCAGUAUGGGAAUGUUUGCAAAUUACGCGUUGCAUUAUGUUAAUUACUAAGCAUUUCUGAUUUUAGUCAUAUAGCAAGUAUUCAACAGACCCAAUGUUUCUUACUCAAGUUUCCAGUUGGAUAAUUUAAGUGAAAUGAUAAUUUUGAUGAUUCAAUCUAUUGUAAUUUAAGAUAGUUCAAUUCAAUAUUAAUAUAUUUUAAAUUAAUUUACUUGUACUCUAGUUAAAAUUUAUAAUUUUUCUAUUUUGAAAUGUUGACAUGAUAAUUAUUUAAUUUAGAAGGCUCAGGACCUAUUGAAUAAUAGAUUUUUUUUAAUAUAAAUUUCACUUUUCAUCUUAAGCACAAGUCUACUGGUAAUGUUCACUGCUGACAAUAGCUAAUGUAUCGUUUGUGCUUUAACCUGAGAAUCCUCUGGGUUUCUUUUUCGUUGUGUCAAUAGUCCUUUAACUCAGCAUCUUGUGCAUGAAGUCCAUGCGCACGUCUAAGAUGAGUUCAACUUUCAAGAAUAUCAGGAAAUCUCCACGGAUUUUAGGGAAAAAAAAAGAAGACAGUGCAGUUUGAUACACUGUAUUCCAAAGGCUUUAUCCGGGAAUGUGGAAGCUUUUAUCCUUAAACAAAGCUAUAUCCAAAGAAACCAUACAGAUUGGACCAGCAAAUUGAAGGUAGUCCCCACAGACAGAGAAUCAGCAGUAUUUUCCCUGUGUGGGAUCUUAUUAUUUUUUAACCAACUUGGCUGUUAAAAAUAUGCCAUAUUGUGGUAACAAGUUCAGACAGUUGACAGUGAUCUUUGCAAGUCACAAUACCCACAUGCCAUGUAAGUGAUUUAACUAACAAAAGCUGAUUUCUAAACAAGUUAGUAAUUUUUAAAAGUGCUUUUGACUGUAGGUUAGAAAUCAAACAAACAAAGCUAUAUUAGCUUUAUUAUUAUUAUUUGUAUUAUUAUUUGGGGUAUUUAUUGUGAACUAUAUAUUUAAACAGUGAUUUUUCUCUUAUUUAUCAAAUACUAUAAAUGCAUAUAAAAUAAAAGAUGUAGUGCUUCAGAUGGCCAAAAAUAUUUCAUAUUUUAUAAAGCAGACAAGGUUAAUUCAUUAACUUUGACUCUUUUAGGAAAAAAGUAACACUGGGAUUAAGAUUGCAAGCACAUUUAACACAAAUCCACUUCUGCUUCCUGUAAGUAUAUAGAAGCAUUAAGUGUUCCCAAACUGUAUCAGUAGGCAUCCAAUAAUAGUUGAACGCGAUGCUUUCUAUACAUAAACUACCUGAGCCAUUGUAAGGUUUUUAUUAUAGUUACUUGCUUUUGGAUUUCAUGCCCUUCAAGCACUGCAUCUUUUAUUCUCAAUUUUCAAUGCCAAAGAAUUAUUCCACUAUAAGCGCUGAAAGAUAACCCUUCAGUCUUACUAGUAAUUACAUGGAUGAGCAAUGAUUUAAAAUGGGACAAUGCAGCAUGUACUGAUGGGGAGUAUGAAUACACUACAGGAAAUACUUUAAUGACCAUUGUUUGGCCCAGUGUCCAAAUGGCUUCAGAUAACUUUCGAUUGUGAAGAAAUCUUUAGCAUUAGUGACAAGAGACAAAAACAAAAUAACCCUGAACUCACUGCUUCCAGGUAUGAACUAUAUGUAAACGCUCUUUCUACUUCUAGUGAGAACCAAAGAGGCUACCUCACUGAAUUUUUCCAUUUGUAAUUUUAAUCGCGUCGAUGAUACCAAAGAUACCAAAGAUUACUUUCUCCGCACGGUCUGCCUUUUGCUUCUGCUCAUGUAUAGACUGUCUCCUAAAUACAGCUGCAACACAGAUACCCCAAAGAUCUAAAUGGUUUUCUGCACUGAUUCUAAAUGUGUGUGUGUGUGUUUUUUUCUGUGCUGUUAAAUACUUCCUCAAUAGAAUCCAUCACCAGAGAUCAAACGUAGUAUAUUUAACAUGUUAGACAGCCUUUAUUGUUGUACAUGUAGUUCACAAUUUUAAUUCAAAAAGAGCUAAUGUCACCAGCAUUGUGCUUAUUAUAACAUGGAUCCAAAAUCUGCAGCCGUAUUGAUUGGAGUUCAUUUAAAAUAAUUUGUAUUUGCAAUGUGUGAUUAUGCUGUUUAUUGAAUUCUGUGCUUUCUAAAAUAAAAUUAGUAAAUGUUCAGAAGGAAUCUUAAAAAAGACAUAAUCAAAUAGUUAAUUCAGUGUAAGCAUUGUCAUUGUUUAAUUGAAUUUGGAGAUACAGCAUGGUAACAGGCACUUCCAGCCCAACGAAACCGUGUGACCAAAAUUAAAUGCUAACCCCUUACUUCUUUGGAAUGUAGGAGGAAACCCACACGGUCACGGGGAGAACGAACAAACUCCUUACAGACAGCGGUGGGAAUUGAACCCUGCUUGCUGAAGUUGUAAAACAAUGAGUUAAUGGCUCUGCCACCGUACAGCCCCAUAUAUUCCCCUAUAGUGGUAAGGUGAGUUGGUAAAUAUGUCACCUUUAGCUACAUUCUACCGUUCAAAUUCUCUCUGUUUGAUUCUGUAAUAUCUAGCAUGCAUACAUCUAUAUUUUUCUCUUUUCUAAACGGAAAGACACAUGGCAUCUAGAGGUAGUUCCGACAUUGUAAUUCAGGGCCUGAUUUAUUUUUCAUUUUUGCAAUGUCAGUUUAAUUCUUAAAAUAUUUGGCCCAGUUGUUAUUUAGAUCAUCUUUAGGAGUUUUUUUUUGGAUUGAACAACAUGUUUUAAAAUUAAAGACUACAUGAGAAAACUGAAAUAAGGAAUAAAACUUAAAUUGCCACAGGAAACAUUCAUCACAAUAGAAUAGUUUAAAAUAACUUCUUUCACACUGAUUCUGAUAAUAGAAGGAACCUUCUGCAUAUUACCUUAUGAUCAUUCGGGCAAACAAAGAGUUAACUCAAUUAAUUAUAAUUUGUUUGCUAUUUAAUUCACAGUGUUUGUACCUAUACAAAAUUGAAAGAUCCAAACAAAAGGAUAGAAAUACUUAGUUCUCGUUCAUUUCCUAAUAAAUGAUGCAAAUAUUAAUGCUUUUUAAAAAAUCCUUUCAUCAAUUUGUAUAAAAUAUAUUACCACCUUAUUUUUGAAUAUCCCUCUGAUGUGUAAUCAUGUAAAAUUUAUUUAUUUUUUAAAUUUAUUGAGGUACAAUGUGGAAUAGGCCCUUCAAGUCGCACUGCCCACCAAUCCCCCAAUUUAAUCCCGGCCUAAUCAUGUGACAAUUUACAAUGACCAAUCAAAUUAUCAACCAGUACGUCUUUGGAUUGUGGGAGGAAACCGGAGCACCCAGAGGAAACCCACGCGGCAUGAGGAGAAUGUCCAAACUCCUUACAGGCAGCGGUGGGAAUUGAACCCAGGUCGUCUGUACUGUAAAUAGUUGUGCUAACCUCUACGCUAAAGUUCCCAUGCCAUUUUUUUUGGCAAGCAUUUCACCUUUUUAUUCUGGGGAGAUUAAUCUGGAUUUAAUUGAAUUUAUUUGUACUCAGAUAAUGUUAGCCAAUAUAGUGGCUAGAUUGUUCAAUGCUUUUCAUCUUCACUGACAUUAGUAAUUUGCCCAAAUUAUAGCCGUUUAUAAAUGCACAGAAAAAAAUGAACAGAAACACAUCCUGAAUUAGUGCCCACCAUUACCAAAAUACCUGUUUUCUAAAACCUAGACGCACACUUUAGUUGCAAAGUGUGAUAAACCACGGGACGAGUGCCUUGCUUGAACCAAAGCGGUGUUUCUUUCCGGUUUUGAAACCUCUGUGCAUUUUUUUUUUAUUCCUAUGAAUACCUCAGCUUCGAGAGGCCACCAUUUUUUUAUUGCUGGUGUGCCCCAGUACUGUGGUGCUUUGCAAUGCAGCCAUGCAAAGAACUAAACAAAGAUACCAAAGUUUUCUCUCGAUCUCAGUCUCUAUCUUCUUUCUCUUUACGAUACCAAAGCUUUAAAAAAAAAUUCUGAAUUGAGUAGGUUGGCAUCAGAGACCGUGCAUUCCUUACCGAAUUUUCUCAGAUAUACCUCAUAGAUAAUAGUGUUUAGAGUGAUGUUAUUAUAGCAUAUGUAAUAAAUUAUUCACUCGUUUUUUGGUAACUGUGACUAUGAUAUAAAAAAAGAAGCUUUAUACGUUUUGAGUUGUGAUUUUUGUAAUAGUUGACAGGUGCGCUUAUGGAAGGAUUGUAUAUGUUUCAUGGAAUUUGGGGAAGUUGCUAAAUUAGCCCAAAGUUUACAGUUUUCAUAUUCUGAAGAAAUGAUCCAUUGUUUAUUUUUCUUUGUGUGUGUAUAUGUGCGUUUAUUUCCACAUUGUCCUACAUAGACUUAUUGACUAAUUGUUAAUGUGUUGGAAGUGUAGUGUUGAAAUUAGCAACUGCCAAACAGUGCUAUGAUUUUAUGCAUGAAGCUGUGUAAAAAAAGAAAUUAGCAAAGGUGAUGCAUUGUGAUUAUUGAGAGUAAUAUUUUUUAAUUUAAGGAAAUAGUUUUUUUAAUAGAUUUUAUUUAUGCAUGAGAGCCUGUUAUUUGUUAGACAUUGUGGAACAGUUGUGUAUAUAUUGGACUGUGGAAGUAAACACAGUUGAAUUUAAUACACUGGAUAAGUUGGCGCACAGGGAUUGGGAUGUGUUAAUGUGUCCGUUUUUAAAAAAAAAAUCAAAAAAUCAAGACUCUGCAUAAAGUCCUUCACACAACUAAUAUGGUUCUCCAAAUCACACCGUUGUCACUUAUAAUGGCUUUCAAUGGAUGACAUUAAGAUGAUGAGAGAAAGCAUUUUCCAGAUUAACACUCAAACAGAAUUAAUUCAGUUAUUAUGUGAAAUUUCUGAUGUGUAGAUGUUUAUAAUUAGAACUCUUGGUGAACUGAUCGAGAGGUGAUUUUGGUUUUAUUAUUUAUUUGCCAAAGAAAAGGAUGGAGCACAUAAGUUUAGACCAGUGAAGAGGCAGUCGGCAUUUGUUUGUUCAUAUGUAUUGUGUGUGUUUUUUUUUCUCUCUCCCAGAAAAUUAUUAGUGUUCUUCCUUAGGAUAAAAGAGUGACUCCUUGUGUAAAAACACAUUUCUAAUGCUUUUUUAAAAAAAAUUGAUUUGGGUAAGAUUAUUGUUUCAAAUCUCACUAAAUCCUUUAAUGAAAGGAUUUGACUGUUUUCCUUAUAAUUUCAAAGGUUUGAUGAACAUAAUAGGAGAUGUGAGUUGAUGCAAAGGUUGUUUGUGUAAUAAUCAAUACAGAGUGAAAUGGACUUGAUUAUUAUUGACUAAUGCAGGCCCAGAUUAGUUUCUAUUUUGCAUUUUGCUUAAAUCCAAAUCAACAGAGCUUCAGUAAACACUAUGUGACAAUUGUUGAGAAUACCAUUGGUCUCUUACUCUUGGUAUUCAAUAAUGAGUGAUGGCAGAACAUUCAAAGGCAGGGGAGAUGCCUAUUCUUCUUACUCUGGGGUAACUUUAACCCAACCUUCCCAUAGGGAAGCUGAAAGGAUCAGGAACAAUGCAAGGAGAUAGUAAACAAUCAAAAGCAACCAUUUACUUUUGUCCACAUUGCACCAGAAUGUGUGGAUCCUGGAUUGGCCUCAACACCCACCUGAGGACCAAUCAAUAGACAACCCCUUAGUACAAGGCUUCCCAACCUUUUGAUGCCACGGACCCCUACCACUAACCGAGGGGUUUGUGGACCCCAGGUUGGGAACCCCUGCCUUAGGAUGACAUCAUACUCAACUCACGUGAUUGUAUUACUACAGCUACUUUGCAGAGAGCCUGACAUUAGUCUCCAAUGGGCCAGUAAAGACUAAUGUUGGGUGGAGUGUGAAAACUGAUAUUCUGUCUGUUAGAACAAACUUUCCUGAAUACACUUGGCAAAAUCUACCCUUUUACAGAAUGGGGGUCCCAGUCAAUAUGUGCAAAGUUAAAAUCGCCUACUACUACAGCCAUGUGUUUCUUGCAACUGUCUAUGAUCUCUGCAUAAAAUUUGCUGCUCUAAAUCCUGCUGACUAUUGGGCAGUCUAUAAUCUCAUUGAUGUCAUCCCUUCCUUAUUCCUCAAUCCCACCCAUGUAGCCUCAGCAGACGAGCUCUCUCAUCUGCCCUGUCUGAGCACUGGCAUGAUAUUUUUCUGGGCUAGUAAUGCCAACCCUCCCCCUUUAGUCCAUCUCAUUAUCAGGUCUAAAACAAAGCCUUGGAACAGUGAGCUACCAGUCCUGCCCCUCGUGCAACCAAGUCUCACUAAUGGCUAUAGUGCCAUAAAUCCAUGUGUUAAUCCAUGCUCUAAGCUGGUACAGUAGUCUAUGCAUUGAAAUAUACACAACUGAGAACAUUAGUCCUGCAUGCUCAAUCUUUCAAUCCAUUCCUGAUGCUUUUUCCACCUGAUAAGAUGCAUUAAAUUAUUCAUUGUGGAUCUCUGCCUCUUGGGUUUCUGAGACGUGACUGCUUAUGUAUUCACUGAUGUAUUAAUUUUUCUACUCCUGUCAGUUUAAGACAUAAAUGCACUGUUUCCCAAGUACUUUCCCUCUAAUUAUUGUUGCACCAUUCAUCAUUAGGAUGACUAAGUACUAUUCUUUCACAAUGAAGUUAGAUUGAGAAGCAGCUUGUACCUCCAACAGUGCAGCCUGAUUGAGAGAAAACAGUGGCCUUUGGCUUUAGAAAUAAAUUUGCCAUGGUUAAUUCUUAUGUAAUCUGUGCAUUAUGGUUUGCACAUCAGAUUCAGCAUAUUUUAGCGAUCCACAAAAUGCUGGAGAAUCUCAACUGGUCAGGCAGCAUCUAUGGAGAGGAAAAAGAGAGUUGCCAUUUCAGGACUGGUGAAGGAUCUCAGCCCGAAAUGUUGACCUUUAUUCUUCUUCAUAGAUCCUGCUGGAUUUGCUGAGUUCCUCCAGCAUUUGGUAUGUGUUCCUUACAUGGUUUGCACCUCUUUUCAUCAUUCAUGGCAUUUUCACAGUGCUAUUUUUUUUGUUCUUUUAUCAUCCUUUGUACUUCAGUUUCUGACAUUGUUGUUGUCCUCCCUGUCCAUUUGAUAAUCUCACCAAAGAGGAAAACUGUGGGAAUCAGAAUCGAGUUUUUUAUCACUGACAUGUGUUAUGAAGCUUUUUUUUUUGUUUUGUAGCAGCUACAGUGCAAGGAAAUAUUCCUGAAAGUUACAAUAAAGACUAUUUAAAAAAAAGUAAUGCAGAAAGUGAGGUAGUGUUCAUUCAGAAAUCUGAUGGCAAUGUCACAGGUGAUUUUUCAUGAUCACGACAGUGUUCAGGAAGUUCACUACCUUAAAGAUCACGGUGCCAUUAUGUUAACAAAUAAAUACUUUGUACAGCCAUACAAUUUGCUUCUGAAUUACACCAUAAGACAGAGGAGCAGAAUUAGGCCAUUUGACUUAUCCAGAGUGCUCUGCCAUUGGGUCAUGGAUGAUUUAAUAUCCCUCCUGCCUUCUCUCCAUAACUUUAGAUGCCCUUGCUAAUUAAGUACCUAUCAACCUCUGCUUUAAAUAUACCCAAUGACUUGCCCUCCACAGCCAUCUGUGGCAAUGAAUUCCACAGAUUCAUAAACCCGCUGGCUAAAUAAAUUCUUCCUCAUCUCUGUUCUACAGGGAAUAAAAGGAGUACGACAGAGAUGUUGAUUAUGAAAUGUGAUAAGCUGAGUGUCCAUCGUAUGCUUGGCAUAACCACAUUAGCGAGAGCUAGAGUGAUAUAGGAUCAAGCUCAGGGUAUACUUAUAUGGUGUAGAAAUUGUGGAGAAGGUGAUUCAGGGACUUGAGUGGAAGGUGCUGCAGAUUGAAAAAGAAAUUGUUUUGAAUUGGGAGAGAAGGACAUUGAAGGGAAUGAGAGAGAAUAGAUUAGUAAUAAUAUAAAUGACAUUUCACGAUUGGGUAGGUGGACAAAGUCAGCUGUGUUUCAGAUACUCAGCUUUUCAUAGAACAAAGAGCACAGAACAAUACAGUACAGUACAGACCAUUCACCCCACGAUGUUUUGCUGACCCUUUAAGCUACUCUAAGAUCAAUUCCCUCCCACAUAGCCCUCCAUUUUCCUUUCAUCCAUGUGCCUAUCUAAGAUUCUCUUAAAUCUCCCUAAUGUAUCUGCCCCUACCACCAGCCAUGGCAAUGCAUCCACCACUCUCUGUGUGUUUUAAAAAAAAAACAACUUGCCUCUGACGUCCCUCCAUUCUUUCCUCCAGUCACAUUAUAGUUAUGCCCACACAUAUGAGCCAUUUCUGCUGUCCACUCCAUAACAUGUAGUAGCAGAAUUAGGCCAUUUUGCCCAUCGAGUCUGCUCUGCCAUUUCAUAAUGUCUGAUCCAUUUCCCUCUCAGCCCCAGCCUCCUGCCUUCUCCCUCUAACCCCUCAUACCCUGACUAAUCAAGGACCUAUCAACCUCUGCCUUAAUAUACCCAACGACUUGGCCUCCACUGUUGCCUGUGGUAACGAAUUCCACAGAUUCGCCACCCUCUGGCUAAAGAAAUUCCUCAUCUGUAUUCCUAAAUAAACAUCCCUCUAUUCUGAGACUGUCCUCUGAUCUUAGACUCCCCCACCUUAGGAAAUAUCCACGCUAUUGAGGCCUGAGGCCCGGAGACGGCCCGGAGCCAUCAUAUGAUAAGCCUUUCAUCCUGGAGUCAUUUCCAUGAACCUCCUUUGAACCCUCGCCAAUUUCAAUCUAUGCCUCUUCUACAUUUCAGUCAAGUCACCUCUCAUCCUUCUUCACUUCAAAGAGUAAGACCCUAGCUCACUCAAACUAUCCUCAUAAGACGUACUCUCCAAUCCAGGAAGCAUCCUGGUAAAUCUCCUCUGCAUCCUCUCUAAAUCUGCCCCCUUUUAUUUUCUAUACCCUGAGUGGAAACAGCCUUUCUUGAGAGAUUCUCUGUAAUAUUAGCAGAAGUCCAUACUGGAUUGUGUCACGACCACUGGUGUGCUGUACACCACACUUGAUAGCGGUCACUAAACAGCAUAGAUGCCUGACAUACAGCCACUAAACACACUUCAAACAAAAAAUAAUGCUGCAUUUUUGUAUGACUAAAACUGAUUAAAGAGAGAGCAGCGGAAGCUGAAGGGAGAUCUGAUAGAUUAUAAGAGGCAUAGAUGUAGUAUACAGACAAUCUUUUUCCCCAGGGUUGAAAUAUCUAAUAACAGAAGGCUUGCACUUAAGGAGAGCGGGGUUAAUUUUAAAGGAGGUGUGAGGGGCAAAUUUUUGCGCAGAGAGUGCUGGGGUACCUGGAAUGGGGUGCUUGAGGUGGGGGUGGAGGCAGAUACAUUAGGGACUUUGAAGAGAAGUUUAGAUAGGAACAUGAAUGUGAGGAAAAUGGAAGGAUAUGGGUAUCACAAACAAGACAAGAUCUGCAGAUGCUGGAAAUCCAAAGCAACACACACAAAAUGCUGGAGGAACUCAGCAGGUCAAGCAGCAUCUGUGGAAAAAAGUAAACAGUUGAUGUUUCAGGCCAAGACACUUCAUUAGGACUGGAGCAAAAAAGAUGAGAAGUGAGAGUAAGGAUAUGGUUAUUGUGUAGGCAUAAGGGAUUAGUUUAGUUGGCCAUUUGAUUACAAAUUUAAUUGGUUUGGUGCCACUUUGUGGGCCAAAGGGCCUGUUCCUGGCCUGUACUGUUCUAAAGAGUUGAAAGGCCCGAUGUGAAUGCAGAACAUGAUUAUGUGUCACAACUAAAAUGAUCCCCCUACAUACUGGGCAACUCGCUGCAUAUUGUGAACUUGAGUAAAUUAAGAUGCCCUGUAUUGCCCACUGAUUAAACCCACACUGAAAACAUGUAUUUCCUUGUAUGAUCUUUAAAAAGAGUACCAUGUCUUACUCAACAAUAAAAGUCAAGACCAUAAGACAUAGGAGCAGAAUUAGGCCAUUCAGCCCAUUGAAUCUGCUCUGCCACUCUUUCAUGGCUGAUUUAUUAUCCCUCUCAACUCCAUUCUUCUGUCUUCUCCCUGUAACCCUUGACACCCUCACUAGCCAAGAACCAAUCAACCUACGCUUUAAAUAUACCCAAUGACUUGGCCUCCACAGCUGUCUGUGGCAAUGAAUUCCAUGGAUUCACCAUCCUCUGCAGAUCAGAAAAAGCUGCAGAGAGUCUGAAAUAUUCUUUUGAUACAUUUAGUUCAUUUUCAUUACCGUUUCAUUCCAUUAUUUUAUUCUCGGCAUGCAUUUACACCUUGUUUUACUGUUUAAUCAUUGGGUGCAUCUCUGGUGCAUCCAUUUAUGUAUCCAUUAAUACACAAAUGAGACAAACUACCAAUAUGCAAAAUUGGUUGCAGCUAAUUGAGUGGCUCCUGUAUCAUCGUUCUGUUGCCUGAGUUCAUACUGUCACGAUUGUUCUCAGAGUUCAAAACAGAGUGUGGGGUGGAAUUCGUUGUUGAGGCAUGCAGUUGUGGCUGCUGAACACCCAACGUUUGACCGUCAAUACGGCGGCAGGCAUUUGGUCAUUGGCAGCUCUGAGACUCCAUUCCCUGACAGGUGCAUGCUGGGAUAUGAAACUACAGAAACCCCGCCUGCCCUAGCACAGGCAAUGAGUGCAACGGUGCCAGGGAGCUUGCACGUGCUGUGGCUUGUAAACCCUCUAACUUGUUCAUUGCAUGGCUGUCUUGUUUCCAUGACAUCUGAUUAGAUUGGGGAAACUGGUAUUAAACAUGAUCAGCCCGUUCUGCCUUUUGGUCCCUUAGCACCUUGAGUCCUACUGUUCAUUGUGACCAUCUGCCCUCUCCAGAUAGGAGGAGUAUGGUUUCUGCUCACACCAGACAUGUGGCCUCAGUGUGUGGGGAGAGCUAUACUCUGAAUACCAAUGAAUAAUGCCGAUUGAAUGGCUUAAUGGCAUCUGUAUUGGAACAUGGAACAUACAGCAUAACAGCACAGUACAGGCCCACGAUGUUGCGCCAACCUUUAACCUGCUCUAAGAUCAAUCUAACCCUUCCCUCCUGCAUAGCCCUCCAUUUUACUAUCAUCCAUCUGUCUAUUUAAGAGUUUCUUAGAUCCCCCUAAUGCCUCAACCACCAAUCCUGGCAGUGUUCUACAUACCCAGAAUUCCUGUGGAAGGAACUUAACUCUGAUUUACCCCCUAUUCUUUCCUUUCAAUCACCUUGAAAUUAUGCCCUCUUUUGUUAGCCAUUGUCGCCCUGGGAAAAUGUCUCUGACUGUCCAUUUCAUCUAUGCCUCUUGUCAUCUUGUAUACCUUUAUCAAGUCACCCCUCAUCCUCCACUCCAAAGGGAAAAGUCCAAGCUUGCUCAGCCUGUCUUCAUAAGACAUGCCCUGUAGUUCAGGCAGCAUCCUGGUAAAUUUUCAGCCAAUUAACCCUGCAGACCCAGUGUUACAGACUGCCCCAGUACUUAACAGCAGUUUAAAGAAUUUAAAAUAAACUCAUUUGGAAUGGUUCUAUACAGACAGCAGAUAUUUUUCCAGUCUAAAUCAGUUGUGGGUAUGUCAUACUGCUUACUGCUGUGUAACCUGGCCAUCGUUGCCACGGUAACAGUGACACCCUCCUUAGUGGGCCUUCUCAGUCCUUGCUAAAUUUGCGCUAUUCUCCUUUCAAUAUUUCAGUAAACACAGUUUGAUACUUUCUGGUUGCCACAGUAUAAAGGAUUACAAACAACAUUUUAAAAAUGUGCUCUUCAAGACUAUGCAAAAAAAGUUAUAAAAUUGUGAGGAAUUCUGCUUGACCCUGCCUAUUAGUGUUUGCAGAAAGUGAUUGAAUAGAACAAAUUUUGACAGUAACUUUCUUUUCAUUCCUGUAGCAACAUGAUUUAAAAAGUACAAAUUUUGCGUAAACUCACAUUCUCCUUUCAAUGGUGAUAAAUAAACUCACGAUGAUUAUUGUUAGUUAGGUUCUUAUCAUAUUUUUAUUAUUUAUUAAGCUUAAUGUUUUCGCCUGACGCCGUGCAAUAUCCGUAGCUGUGUAAAACGCGAGUUACAGCCUGCUGUAUCAGUGUUACGUGUUUCAACUAUUGCAUAGUUAAAGCUUUUAUUGUCGUUGAUGUUGACGUAUCCGGGCACUUUAAAAAAAACCUUUGAUAGGUUCCCAAUACUUUAGUUUCAGUUGCUUGUUUGUAUACUGUUUUCUUGCUGUUUAAACCUAUGCCCUCCAUCAGGCGCGUAAGUGUUGUCUGCAUCAUGCUGGAAUAUGUUUCUUUUUUAAUUAUUUUUUAAAUUUUCGCUAUCAUCAAAUGGUAGUGCUGUAAAUUCUGCAAUUAUUGUCCAAUAAACUGCUUUUAUUCAUUCCAGAUUGCAUUUGGCGUAGUUUGUUCCUGCAAUUCUUUUCUUGCCUCUUCAUGGUUCUAGCAGUAGUUGUUCAAAAGUUCAAAGUAAAAUGUAUUAUCAGCC